CGAAUUCUUCGUCUAGGACUGUAUCACACCCAAAGUUUACCGUUUUCACCAUGAUGAAGCUUGCUCUCCUAGCCUCUAUUGCUGCUGGCGCCGCCGCAUUUGCUCCGUCUCAGGGUCAGUCUGCCCGCGCUUCGGUUGCCACGAACAUGGCCUUCGAAAACGAAGCCGGUGUCACCGCUCCUCUGGGUUUUUACGAUCCCCUCGGAUUGGUUUCGGACGGCGACGAGGCUAAGUUCAAGCGUCUCCGUUUUGUAGAACUCAAGCACGGACGCAUUUCAAUGCUUGCUGUUGUAGGGUACAUUGCCACCGCGACCGGAAACCGUCUGCCGGGAACCAUUGAUUUCGCUGGUACCAAGUUCUCCGACAUUCCGGCCGGAUUCGGUUCUUUGGCCAACAUCCCCGCCGCUGGCCUCUGCCAGAUUCUCUUCUUCAUUGGACUUUUGGAGACUUCCUUCAUGCGUGACUGGGUUGGUGGAGAGUCGGUGGGUGACUUCCGCAACAAGUACAUCGACUUUGGCUGGGACUCCUUCUCGGAUGAAGAAAAGGCACGUCAGUACAAUGUUGAGCUUAAUCAGGGCCGUGCUGCACAGAUGGGAAUUCUUGCCCUCAUGGUGCAUGAGCAACUCGGCAACGUGGACGAUAUCUUACCGUUCAAGCUUAUCUAAAGUUGCUACCACGAGUAGUUUGUAAAAGUGGUUAGAACUCCUAUAACCAUUCCGACACUCGUGCUUUUAUAGAUAAGAGUAGGCAUUUGUAGAAGAUC